AGAGUCAUUAUCCACGACGCCUCUUCCGCUACCGUCUGCUCUGCCUACCGUUCGUUGACUUCCCGAAAACCUUAGGGUUCUCUUGGCCCCCUUCCGCAUGGGAACCAAGCACACGACCCGGGGCCCCAACGCGAGGCGGCGGAGCGUCUUCGCCAGCCGAGCCUUCCCGCAGGGAAGCAGCCCAAUCUUUCGAGACGCCUCUGGCCCGUCAGACUCCGGCUCCUGCCUUGACGAGGCGACGCCGGAGGCACUCGUCUGUCCGGAGAUUCCGCCGGUCUCGAACGGGGCGGUCUCGUCGGAGUCCCCGACGGAGGGAUCGGAUGGGGUGGAUGCAUGUGGUGAGGUUGAGCGACCCAUUCCGAAAGCGGCGGACUACCCAGCUGUACUUUGCAAAGAUGGGCAUUUGGAAAGCGCGGCUGUUUCGAAGGUCAAGAAUUUGGAUGGCGAAUCAACUACGGAGGCCGAAAGCGAGUCGAAAUCGCGUAACCUCAACACUCAUGAAGCUACAGUUAAACCUGCCGCCAUUAUAGGUGAGACUGGAGAGAGAAAUGUUACAUCCGGGUCGGUGUCGGGCGAGACAGCGGAUGCGGAGAGAAAGAAGCGAUCUUUGUUGGAACAGCAGUCGCGAUCCGGGAAGAAGGCCGGUGAUAACCAAAAGAGAGAGCUUUCUGAGGAUCGAGACCAAGAUGCUUUCAACAUCAAGAAACAAAACCAUGGCGAUGGCUCGUGCCAAGCUCCUGGCAAGAUGGUGAUUAUUUUAGGUCUCAUGGCUGCUCCGAACUGCCCAUGGAGAAACGGAAGAAAGGCUCGCAUUAGCAAGCCCUAAUUCGUGCCGUGAACCAAAGCUAAGUUGGGAAGGGAAGCCAUUGAAUGGGUGCUCAACUUAAAGGAUAUUUUCUGCUGGUAAAGCUGCUUUACUACUCGAAGGCAGUAAUCAAGGCUACUUGAAUGUGCACUCUGAUUAGGUCUGUUGACUUUGUUUUCUACUAAUGCUUCAUAUGUCAUCAGAGUAUCCAUCUUAGAGGGGUGUGUCAUAAGACUUCACAUUUCAUCAUUUUGGUUCAUAUUGUUUUCUGCAAUUGUUGAGUUCACCUGCUCUGUCAUAUGUGGCUGGACACAUGCCAGCAUCACUUCUCAGUUGGUAUUGUACAUUCUAAUCAAGUUGCAUGAUUCCUA